CGUCAGGCGGACCAUUGGAAAGACUCUGUUAUCGUGACUGUCAUGCGUGUCUACAUGGAGCGAAUGAGGAUUUACCGCUCAAAGCUGCCUACGAGCACUUCUGCAAUGUUAACACAGUUCGUAUCUGAUGCAUGCGAUUGUGGGGAGGUUCACAAUUCUCUCACCGUGCUCGGGAUAUUUUGGGAUCAUCAUGAAACCAUCAGCAUCCUUACUUGCCAUCGUAGACCUGCUGCAAAUCAACUCAUUGCGAGAGGGUUCUUUCCUUGCGCUCCCUACCGCCCGUCCUUGGCGGUAUCUCUGGAGAUGCUGGAAUUUGCAACUGAGCUAUUUGCCCGCAUGGCACCAAACAACAGAGCAUUUGCAGCUGCCACUGAGGCCGUUCUUGCUGCCAAUGGAUCUACAUUCCAAAGCGAGGACUCACUUUGGCGCCGCUUUGCCAACACGCUUCUCCAUUAUCAAAUACUCGUUGAGGAGGUCCAUGCUGAGGUU